GUGAGUUCUAAAACACUUCAAUUGCCGAAGUAAAAUUAAUACUGUAUUGACUCAUCCUUUUAAAGUUAUGAGUCAUCUGCUUAAGGAGUUCCUCAUCGUAUUCUUAUUGCUGUUUAAUGCUAUUGAUGGAAUUGGUGAUCUAAUUGAUAUUAUUGAGGAUGCUAUGAUAGUUGCAGAGCAGGCUGAAUUGGUUCAAAAACAUAGUGAAUAUCAUCCUAGAUAGGGAUUGCGGACAUACCAAUCAUGAUCACUCAAGGAUUCGACAUUUUGAUGAAGCGAUUUGUUGUGCAUCUGAUAGUAGCAUUUCAUCAUUUGAAGAACAGCAAAUUGUUAAUAUUCAUAUGAUUAUUCAUUUUAACAGGAG